AUGACGGUAACAAUGAAUGAUGCAGAAAUGAAGGAUAUGAUAAAUGAUGAAGAGAAAAAAGAAGAAGCACACAUUAAAGAAAAUAUAAGUGAUGAUAUAAAUGAAAUUGAUAGUGAUGGUGAUGAUAUAAAUAAAAUUGAUAGUGAUGGUAGUGAUAUAAAUAAAAAUGAUAGUAAUGGUGAUGAUAUAAAUAAAAUUGAUAGUGAUGGUAGUGAUGAUGAUAAAAAAUGUGUUAAGAAUAAAAAAAAGAAUAACGAGGAAAUGUUUGACAGAAGUAACCAUUUUGAUAAUUUUGAUAACAUUAUGUUAGAUGUGAGAUUAAGAAAAGCUUUAUUAUAUUUAUUUAAAUAUCAACAUCCAACUAUAAUACAAAAGAUGUCUAUAUGUAAAAUAUUAAAUGGUAAUGAUGUUAUAAUAAAUUCUAAAACUGGUUCAGGUAAAACUAUGGCUUAUUUAAUACCUGUUGUGCAUAAUUUGAUAAAAUUGAAUUUAAAUGAAAAAGAUCAUUUGAAAUUUUUUUAUAAAUGUAUUAUAAUAUGUCCUACAGAAGAAUUAUGUUUACAAAUAUAUGAUGUUACAAAAAAGUUAUGUUCUUAUUUAAAAGAUAUAGUAACAGUUAAUCAUAAUGUGAACAAUACUUUUUAUGAUCAUCCAACCAUAUUAAUUAGUACUCCAAAAUAUUUAUGUACACAUAUUAUAGAAAAGAAGAAAAAAAAUAAUCUAGAUAUUUUAAUGAAUUUAAAAAUAUUAAUUUUAGAUGAAGCAGAUGUUUUACAUACUCAAGAAUUUCAAUCUUAUUUGAAGACACUAACAAGUUAUUUACCAAAAAAAUUCAACAAAAAAUAUCAAAUCGUUAUGGCAUCAGCUACUUUAAAAAGGGAUAUUUUAGACAAAACAAAAUUAUUUUUACAUAAUCCUAUAUAUAUUACACUUGAACAAAAAAACGAAUCAUCCUUUGAUAAAAAAAAAAAAAAUAUAACUAAUGACACAAAUAUUGAUAUUAGCAAAAAGGGAGAAGCGACAAAAAAUAAUAUUGAUCAUCAAGGAAAUGAAAAAAGAGCAAAUUAUCAAAAGUUUACAGGGAAGGCAUUUUAUUAUCUAUAUAAAGAAGAAUUAAUUAAAUAUAUCUAUUUAUAUAAUUUAAUAAAAAAUAGAAUUAUACCUUAUAAAUCUAUUAUAUUUACUACAACCAUACAUGAUGCUUAUAAAAUUAAAAUUUUUCUAACAUACGUAAAUGUUUCUUCAUCUAUACUUAACCCUAACCAUCCCAUAUUAAUUCGACAGAAUAUAAUUUCGGCUUUUAACAAUUCGAAGUUUCAUUUUUUGAUUUGUCCUCAAUAUGAGAAGAAUAAUAUGAAACAUGUGAAGGGUGUAGUGGGGGCUGAUAAAAUGGAUAAUGAUUAUAAUGAUGAGGAGGAGGAUUAUGAAGAGGAUGAUGAUGAAGAGGAUGAUGAUGAAGAGGAUGAUGAUGAAGAGGAUGAUGUUGAAGAGGAUGAUGAUGAAGAGGAUGAUGAUGAAGAGGAUGAUGUUGAAGAGGAUGAUGAUGAAGAGGAUGAUGAUGAAGAGGAUGAUGAUGAUAAUAAUUAUGAUAGUGAUGAUAACCAUAAUAAUGACGAUAAUAAUGAUGAUAGUGAUGAUGAUAAUGAUGUGGAUGAUCAAACGUUGAACGAACCACUUAGCGAUAAUAAUUCAUGUAAAACAUACAAUACAGAUGACGAAAAUGAGAAAACGGAUAGUAGCACAAAAAUUAAUGAAGAGAAAGAUUUCUUAUAUAGUAGAGGAUUAGAUUUUUAUGAUGUUAAAUGUGUUGUUAAUUUUGAUAUGCCAUCAGAUUUAGAAACAUUUAUACAUAGAAUUGGAAGAACAUGUAGAUUGAAUAAUAAAGGGAAAUGUAUAUCAUUUGUGAAUGAAUUAAAUUAUGUAGAUAUAGAAUUAUUACAAACAUUAAUUGAAGAUAAAAAUAUUUGUUCAAUGAUUAAAAAAGAUAUACAAUAUAAUAUUGUUGAAAAAUAUAGAUAUAGAGUUGAAUCCACAUUAAAUAAAUGUACAAGUAAAAAAAUUAAAUUGUUCAUACAAAAAGAAAUAUUAUAUCAAUCAUUAAAAUCAAAAGAAUUAAAAGACUUUUUCAAUACAAAUGUAAAUGAAAAAAGAAAAAUUAAUAAAAUUAUCAAACAUUUUAAUAAAGCCGUCAUACCACAAAAAUUAAUCAAAGAUAGAAAUCAAAGUAUUUUUUUAAAUAAAUCAAAGGUUAAAAAUAAAGUCAUAAAUAAAAAUAAUAAAAAUAAUAAAAAUAAUAAAAAUGAUGAUAAUAUAAAACCUUUUGCACUCAAAAAAAAUAACGGAUUAGUUAUUACAGAACAGGGUUAUGAAAGUCAGCUUAUCAAAGAACCUGAACGAGAAGUUGCAGAUCCUUCAAGAUUACCUCCUCUCUGUGGUCAGAGGUUGAGGAAUUAUAUGUAUUUAAAAUAUAUUAAAGGCAAAAAAAAUAAAAACGGAAACAAUAAUAAUAAUAAAAAUAACAGUAAUAACAAGAAGAGGAAAAGUAACAAUAAUUAUAAUAAUAGAUAUAAUAAAUAUAAUAAAAAAGCCAUAAAUAAUGGUCAUAAGAAGAGAAACACCAACUUUAAUAGGUGA